AUGGUUCGUUCCUUCGCCUCCUUUGUCUUUUUCGCCAGUCUUGCAGCUGUGACUGCAGCUGCGAGCGGCCCGACGCCGGCGCUGGGUUCCUUCGGAUAUGAGGCUCAAACCGCCUCACAGGUUUCAGUUGAUGUUCCUCUGGGCCAGCAGAAACAUGAAGCAAUUUUACGUAGACGCUCUAGGGGUGCUCGAGUGCUCCUGGCGACGUCUGCGCUAGCCGCCACACUAGCAAUGGCCUUCCUCAUCAUGCACUGCUUCAUGUUGCUAAAGAAUUCCCAACAUCGUGGCUCCCGCCUGCGCCGACUUUCGUCUGAUGAUGAAGGUGCAUGCGAAGUAAGCCGUGGUGAUUCAGGGAUGAAUAAGGUUCGCCGGCAGGUGGCCCAACGAAUGCGAAUCGACUCCAACGACCGCAGCUCAUUGGGUCUUACGUUAUGCUGCCGAUUGCGAACCCGACGCUUUCGUUUGCCACAAGUAGAUACAGAUUGGCCAGUAGUGGCUUCGCCUGCUGCCGAGCUCGCCAAUGGGGACAGACGGGGGGAUGAGGCGUCGGAUAUCGAGGGACGAGGAGAAAUGCUCGUCAGGUAG